AUUGCUAAUAGGCUAAUGGCCACACUGAGGAGAUCUUGCUGGUUUCUAACGUUUCUGUCUUUACUGUCAUCAUUCAAUCGUUUUCUGGGUCCCGAAACUUUAUCCUAUUUCCAAUUUUUGUUCCUUUUUUUCCUUCUCGCGAAAAAGGUUUUCUGAGUUUUGAUCUUUGAUCUUUGAUCUCCUCUUAAUCUCCUUCCGGUAAAGUUAAAAAAUCCGUUUUAGUUCCCUUGCCACCUUUUUCCAUUGUCUCACCUCUUCCGGGAAAGGAAGCAAAAGGAAGAACGGAAGAGGAAGACCCUUUUAUUUUAUUGUCAUUAGGUUUAGCAGGUUCUGCAAUCUGUUUGCGAAUCGGAGGAGAUGGUGGUGGUGGAGUUUGAAGAUACUGGAGUUGAUACUGGUUCGGAUAUUGAAGUUGAUGAUAUUAGGUGUGAGAAUCUAGCUGACAAAGAUGUGAGUGAUGAGGAGAUUGAAGCAGAAGAAUUGGAGAGGCGAAUGUGGAAGGACCGGAUCAAGCUUAACAGGAUAAAGGAAAAGCAGAAGCAUGCAGCUCAACAAGCUGCUGAGACACUGAAGCCCAAGCAAACAUCUGAUCAGGCUCGGAGGAAGAAAAUGGCGAGAGCCCAAGACGGGAUCCUCAAGUACAUGUUGAAGUUGAUGGAAGUGUGCAAAGCUCGUGGGUUUGUUUAUGGGAUCAUUCCUGAGAAGGGGAAGACCAUGAGUGGUGCCUCUGACAACAUAAGAGCCUGGUGGAAAGAGAAGGUGAAAUUUGAUAAGAAUGGACCGGCAGCCAUAGCCAAAUACGAGGCAGAGUGUCUGGCUGCAGGGGAGUUGGACAAUAAGGGGUGUUUAAAUCCUCAGAGCAGCCUGCAAGACCUUCAAGAUGCCACCUUGGGCUCUCUCCUAUCGUCAUUGAUGCAACACUGUGAUCCUCCACAGCGGAAAUACCCAUUAGAGAAGGGUGUCCCACCCCCAUGGUGGCCUUCGGGGAAUGAGGACUGGUGGAUAGAAAUGGGACUACCCACGGGCCAGGCUCCUCCAUACAAAAAACCCCAUGAUCUGAAGAAGGUUUGGAAGGUUGGAGUUCUGAAGGCUGUGAUCAAACACAUGUCCCCCAAUAUUGCAAAGAUCAGGAGGCAUGUCCGUCAAUCAAAAUGUUUACAGGAUAAGAUGACUGCCAAGGAAACUUUAAUUUGGUUGGCAGUGUUGAGCCAAGAGGAAUCCCUUAUCCAGCAGCCUAGCAGUGAUAAUGGUGCAUCUGGCAUAAUGGAGAUGCCUCCUAAUGUUUGUGGUGGAAGAAAGGAGACUGCAGCUAGCAGUAGUGAUAGUGAUUAUGAUGUUAAUGGUGCUGAAGAUGGUGUUGGCUCGGCUUCAUCGAAGGUAGAGAAGAGAAAUCAACCAAUGGAUACUGAACCUCAUCUGGACCCACCUCAUAACCCAAAGCAUCUUCUCCAAGAUAAGGAGAAAGUAGAGGAACAAAUAAGGAGAAAAAGACCUUGUGGGAUCUCAACUCAUGUUGACUCACAAACAGCCCUAUCGGAAAAUGAACAUCUACAUGGGGAACCAAGAAAUACUCUUCCAGAUAUAAACCAUGCAGACUUGCAGUUGGUUGUAGACAUGCAGUUUAUUGGAUACGAGAUGCAUGUUAGUGGACAGAAAAGUAGUCAAAUUGCAUCUUCAGGGCCUUUGGAGAAAGACCUAGAGAUUUCUACCCAACCAGGGGAAUCUAGGAUUGAUAAACUCACGGGCCCUCAUGACAAUGCAGCCACCCCACAGAGCCUGUAUAUGGAUGAAAGACAUUUAUCAUAUCCAGUCAUGCAAAAUACUGAGCUGCACCCUGGGACCAGCUACAAUUUCUACGACACUCCAGCAGAAUAUAGGCUACCUCAGGACAAACUGCAGGCACAAAUGGCAAUUGCUGAGUCCCAGAUCCGCACUGAGGAAACAACUGGCGUUCCUGCACCGUUGCUACGUGGAAAUGAAAACGAGAUUACUGGAGCUGGCAUUCACCUUUUUGUGAAGGACACAUUCCACAAUGAGCAAGAUAAACCAGUUGAAAGUCACUUUGGAUCUCCACUUGAUGGCCUAUCACUAGAUUAUGGAGGAUUCAACAGUCCAUUUCAUUUUGGAUUUGAUGGUACAAGUUCAUUAGAUCCUGCUGAUUUAGAUUUGUCACUUGAUGAAGACUUCAUCCAGUACUUUGGAGCAUAGAGUUUGACAACCAACAAUUCGGAGCGCAGAAAUGAAGAUUGUAUAGUGAAGGGGACAUUGGUUUUCUAAACUAUCGUCCUUAUGGUCAGUACCUGGUGCUAUGAUCUCAGGAGCUCAAGGCCGUAAGUAAUGCACAUAUAAUUGUAGAUGUCAUGCAUUACAUGGAUGGAAGCAUGGUUUCUUGUGUUUUGAUUGGCCUGACUUCUCACAAUAUGGAUGACGUUCAAGAUGUACUUGUAAGUUCAAUGAAUUAUUUUUCUAGACUCCAGACUAAUUUUCCAUGGAAGAGGGAAUUGGAAUCGGUGGAAUGUACAAAUGAUGAAAAAUUUUGUAUGCUUACCUUUUCUUUUGCUUCUUUGCUGGACAUUUUGAUAUUUGCUUUAUGGGUAGUUAUCAAUGUAGCAAAGGAAUGUGACUUUUCCAGAAAUCACAAGACAAAUUUGAACCAUCCAUUUUUAGAGUUUUAUUUGAA